AGAGUGGAGUAACGACAAGGCUUGCUGCGCCUUCACUUUAGACUUGCCAUAUCUAGCCCUGGAAAACAAUUAUUAGGGUGUUUCGGAAGGCUGCGCGCAAUGUCGGUACUAGCUAAGCUUCUGACCGGCACAGCUGCCAAAGCGCAGUCUACGCAAUUAGGAUUGCUUGGACAGCGGUCAAUCUUGGCUACAGCCCAGCAAACAGCACUGCCGGAGUUGCGGGGGUACGCUUCCCAGACCUAUCCCGUUAUCGACCACCAAUAUGACGCUGUGGUGGUCGGUGCUGGUGGAGCUGGCUUACGCGCUGCUGUUGGGCUGUCGGAGCUCGGCUUCAAGACAGCGUGCGUUACGAAAUUGUUUCCCACGCGCUCUCACACGGUAGCAGCUCAGGGUGGCAUCAAUGCCGCUCUGGGCAACAUGACGGAAGACGAUUGGCGCUGGCACGCUUACGACACAGUUAAGGGCAGCGACUGGCUUGGCGACCAGGAUGCUAUUCAUUACAUGUGCCGUGAAGCACCAAAGGCAGUUAUCGAGCUGGAGAACUACGGCCUGCCCUUUUCGCGCACCGAAGAUGGAAAGAUUUACCAGCGCGCCUUCGGAGGCCAAAGCCUUGACUUUGGCAAGGGUGGACAGGCGUAUCGUUGUGCUUGCGCUGCGGAUCGUACAGGACACGCCAUGCUUCACACCCUCUAUGGAAUGGCGAUGAAGCACAACAUUCAGUUUUUCGUUGAGUACUUCGCCCUGGAUCUUAUGAUGGACUCGGACGGCGCCUGUCGGGGCAUCAUGGCGCUGUGCAUGGAGGACGGCACCAUCCACCGCUUCCAAGCUCACCAGACCGUCCUCGCUACGGGCGGGUACGGCCGCGCUUACUUCUCCGCCACCUCGGCUCAUACCUGCACCGGCGACGGUGGUGGCAUGGUUGCCCGUGCUGGCCUGCCUCUCCAGGACCUGGAGUUCGUGCAGUUCCACCCCACCGGCAUUUACGGCGCGGGCUGUCUUAUCACGGAGGGCUGCCGUGGCGAGGGCGGCAUCUUGCGCAACAGCGAGGGCGAGCGCUUCAUGGAGCGCUAUGCACCUACAGCCAAGGACUUGGCGUCUCGUGACGUGGUGUCCCGCUCAAUGACCAUUGAAAUUCGGGAGGGCCGGGGUUGUGGUCCGGAGAAGGAUCACAUCUACCUGCACCUGAACCACUUGCCGCCGGAGCUGCUGGCGGAGCGACUGCCUGGUAUCAGUGAAACGGCUGCUAUCUUCGCGGGCGUCGACGUCACCAAGGAGCCCAUCCCGGUGCUGCCCACGGUUCACUACAACAUGGGGGGCAUACCGACCAACUACAUGGGCGAGGUGCUGGCUCCCACCAAGGAAAACCCGGACAAGGUGGUGCCCGGGCUGUUUGCCGCGGGAGAGGCAGCCUGCGCGUCCGUACACGGCGCGAACCGCCUGGGCGCCAACUCGCUGCUGGACAUUGUGGUCUUUGGACGCGCAUGCGCCAACCGCGUUGGCGAGAUUAUGAAGCCCAACACACCGCACAAACCGCUACCAGCAAGCGCCGGUGAGCACGCUAUCGCGCGACUGGACAAGCUGCGGAACGCCAAGGGCAAUUUGCGCACCGCGGAAAUCCGGCGCAACAUGCAGAAGGUGAUGCAGAACAACGCGGCAGUGUUCCGUACCCAGGAGACGUUGGCGGAGGGCUGCAAGCUGAUUGACGAAUGCGCCGCAUCGUUCUCAGACGUCAAGGUGACGGACCGGGGUCUAGUUUGGAACACGGAUCUAGUCGAGACCUUGGAGCUAGAGAAUCUGCUGCUCAACGCUGCCAUCACCAUGCACGGUGCAGAACAGCGCAAGGAGAGCCGCGGAGCACACGCGCGCGAGGACUUUACCGAGCGCGACGACGCCAAGUGGCUCAAGCACACGCUUGGCUACAUGCCGUCGGUCGAAAACAAGGUUAGCAUCUCGUACCGCCCCGUACACAUGCAGCCGCUGAGUGAGGAGAUGCCGUACAUUCCUCCGAAGGCCCGCGUGUACUGAGCGAAGCGGACAUAGAGUUGUCAACGUCUGGCUAUCUGGAAGAAGCUAGGGGCAGGGUCCAGGAGUCAAAAGCUUAACUAUUCGGGCCAGGGUUCUUGGGAAAGCGGGGCGUAGAGGUAUAUGCAUGGGUUGGGCCUUACAGAGAGCGCCAGGUCAGGAGUCUUUCGGCUGUAAUACAGGAUAUGCUGCAAGGCAAGGCCUGCUGCUGGUUUGGUUUACUGCGUCUCGAAGGAAACGUUUGCUUUGACCUCGUAGAAAACUUCUUCGAGUCUUCAUUCGCCCUUUGAUAAACGCGUGACACAAAAAAACUCUCCUGUCUCUCGGUCCUACAAAAAUAGUUUAAGAGGUUCAUGCUGCUGUAGAGUUACGUGGGAUGCUUAGCGCCGGUAGCCGUUCGCGCGUGCAGGACGGUCUCCCUAAAGAUUCCGUGUUUUCUAGUUAAUGCCUUAGUUAUUGCAAAAGGUCCUGUUGAUGAGGGAGCCGUUUAGCCGGCAUCGCGGGAAAGUCGUUGCCGGUAUCGGUGUCGGUGUUAAAGACGGGACUGCCCAAGCUAUGAGCUGUUACAAGGUGUUUGCAUCACGCAAUAUGUGUAAAUAUAAGCUUC